AUGUAUAGAGGUUGCAACGCCGCCGUGAACGGUAAGAGCAAACACGAAUCUGCGAAAUGCUAUGAUGAAAAAAACGCUCAGGGAGACAAAUCCAUGUACGUUAACAUCUCUUAUCACAUCAGGAAAUUAUUUAGUUAUUGUGACGCGGACAUACUAAGGAUAGAACACAACUUAAUCAUAUAUAACAGCUUAAUUGACAAUAUAAAAAAGAAUGGGAACAAAAUUGUAAAAAAAGAGGUGGAAAAAAUAAUCAGGGAGAAGGAAAAAAACGAAAAUUAUUCCUUGUCAGAAAUGAAGGAAGACGAAUACAAAAUAAGCAACUCUGAUUUGAAAAAAGUGGAACUAGAUUUCAAAUUCAUCGAAUGUAGUCUAUGUUUCGAGCUAAUAAAAUUUGUGUGCAUACAAGAAUGCAAUCAUACAUAUUGCUUUCUAUGUUUUUAUCGUCUCUUGUAUAUGCAAAAGAAGGAGAAGGAUGAGGAUGAGGAGGAUACAAGAGGGACAAACGUCCCUCGUGACAACACCACCAGCACCAAUAGUGCGUACGCGAAUUAUGUAAAUAGUCGUAGUCGUGUGGGAAAUAGAAAUAACUAUGGGUACCCCGAUGAGUACCGAGGGGGGAGGGCAGGCCCAGGAGGAGGCGCAGGAGCAGCAGCAGCAGCACGAGGGUCAUUUGUUUACAUCAGCAGACCGACGAGUGACAAACGAAGGGAUGGAAAGGACGAAAAAUAUAACUAUGAAUUCGAUAAGGAUACAAUGAAAUGCCCGUUUUGUAAAGAAAGAAAUGGGUACAUAUUUUUUUGUUUAAAUAAUUUCUAUACGUAUUUUACGUAUGAGAAUCUAUUGCACACUCUUCUUGAACAGGACGAUCCGGAGCAAUACGUCAGUUACGAGUUAUCUCAGUUUGCUGAUCUGAAUGGGAAUGGCUACCACAAAAGGGAGGACUCCACAGGGAAGAAGGCACAGGGAGGCGCGUCCCCCUUGACUGAUUCCACACGUAGUAUUAUUUCACUCAACACGGGCGCUCGAUGUGCACACGAAGGGGUGGAAGAAGAAGAAUCUAUGGGGGAGAUCCCCGCAGUGAACCUAGCCCAAGCUCCCCCAAAGGUGGAAAGCCAAAAGGGAAGAAACUCAUCUUCCGUUACAGAAAAAGGGAUGGAUGGAUACCUUCCCAAUAAAGAACAAAUAAACUGUAUGACGAAGAAUGAUAUCAAGAAGGUGUUCUCAUCCCACUAUGACGACAUCAUAAUUUUACGAAAUAUUUUAAAAAAAAACGUCGACAAUAAUACCAAUGAAGGAAAUAACAGUGCAGCCAAAAAAGGUGAAAACUUGUAUUUGUUUUUUUAUUACGAAAAGUAUAUUAAAAGGAAAAGAGAAAAAAUAAGAUACCUCUUGAACGCAGGAGUGAACACGGAAAAGAGGUAUGCAUUCUAUGCAAAAAUAUUUGUAGACACAGAAAAGAAGGUGUUCUUCGAAUAUUUUUACAUUUACAGUUUGUCAACCCUGUUGACAAGUUACGUCUGUCUGCUCUCUCCUUGUAUCGAUUAUUGGACCCAAAUCUUAAGUAAAAAGGUGGAAAAAUUUAAACAGAAUCAUGGCACAGAUAAGUACUUUGAACGAAUUUACAUAAAUAACGAAAGGGACAUUUUGCGAAAAAAAAACGACUCAAUAUAUGACAAAUAUCAACAGUAUGGGAAGAAAUUAUUUCGCAUAAAGGAUGCAGAGUCGGAGCUAUCCGAUGACUAUUUCCGUGCUGUGGAUCUAUUUACCAAAACGUGCUUUACCAAUCUCGACAACAUAAAUCAUAUCAAUUCUUUGAAAAAUUACUGCCACAGAAGAUUAAACGAUUUGUGCAGACACAUGAAUGAGCAUGGCAAGACUUAUUGUGAUAUCUGUGUUGGAAACAGUGACAAUAUUUUCCUCUUCGAGUAUAAUAUAUUUUUUAAAAGGUUUAUAAAAAUGCACGUUGAAAAUGGAGAGAAGAUUGCGGAGAAUAAAUUUAAAAUAAGGCACAUUUGUUGCCACCUCUGCGGAUUUUAUCUCUACGAUUUUGAUACGUUCAUGAAUCACAUUAAUAAAUACCACUUUUUUUGCAAAUUCUGCUUUAAUAAGAGGCCCAGCGACAGCAAGGAAGCGCCCAAGGCCGACUCCGAGGAGGACGUCGUCUACUAUGACCAGCUGCACAUGCACGUCUACAGAAACUACGAAAAUCUGUUUGAGCACUACAAGAAGAAGCAUCACCCCUGCUUGUACGAGCAGUGCAUCUUCGUCGUCUUUGACAAUAAGAUCGACUUGUGCUUCCACCUUGCAGAGAAGCAUGAGGAGAAAGGGAACAACAAGAAGAAUAAGAUAACUUUUUCCAUCGCGGGGGCUUCGUACAAUGAGAUAAGAAGUAGUGCACACAACGGGGCGAGCAGUUACAACACGGGGGCCAGCAACUACAACACUGGGGCCAGCAGUUACCACACGGGGUCGAGCAGUAACCACACAGGGGCCAACAGCAUGCACAACCAUCACCUCGACGAGGACGACCCCUCUGGAGAGAGCAAAGAACCGUUUGACCUGAACAGACACAAGUGCAUAUACAAUUUUAAAAGUUUCCAAGACUCAUGGUACUUUGACUAUUUCAUCGAGUGUAAAGUGAAAGAUUUUUUAAAAUAUUUUGGAAGCAACGAAAAAAUCUUUUUCCUAUACAUGGCCAAAAGAGACAUGGAGAUCAUUUUGAGGAUAUUCGAAACUCUGUCGAGUAAAAGAUCAGAAUUGUAUUUUACACAGGAGGAGAUAGUACAGCUGAAUAAGAAGAUAAUUGAAGAGGACUUCUCCCCACAGGAUCGAAACAACUUCUUUCAUUUCAAAUUAUUCUUUGAUUAUAUAGUGGAGAAAAUAGAUUACUUAUCUUAUAAUAAGGAAGACUUGGAAAAAAAUUAUUUGUACCUCUUUUUUAACAUCAUAAUUAAUAGGUCCUUCAUUUUGUACUAUUCCUUUUUUUAUCUCUUCAUGAAGUCAAGGCAUGUGCGCCCUGAGAAGGUGAUUGAAUUAGUCAGACUCGCGGCGACGGCGACGGCCACUUCUACUUCUAGCGCAGGGCGCGGUGCUAGGGGUGGCACAAAUAACGGAAUCAAUGGCUGCCCCCCUAACAGCGUGGAUAGCGAUAAAAUGAAGCAUAUUUACCUGUGCUCGCACGAAAUGACGCAAAUGAAGAAGCGCAUAGAGGCGGAAGCCAGUUGUGGUCCCAUCGAACUAACCAAAUACGGCUUCUUAUAUUUGAUCUCUUUAUUUUUUAAAAUUGAUAAGCAUGGAUUUGAUAAGGUGUGUUUCCUAGUGCGGAACAUUUCACACCUCUGCAAUGAGACGUACGAUCGGGUAGAGAAAGCAACAAAGAAAGGGAAAAAGCAAGGGGACAGUAUCUCCGAGCGGGACGCGUACAAUGGGGGAGCUUCCAAGUCAAGUACGUUAAAAAGCAACCCAAGUGCUGUCCAUAGCAGUAGUAACAACAGAAGUAGUAGCAUUCUAAUAGCGUUAUCUGCACAGCAAAGCGAAAGAAGAAAGAGGGAAGUGCGAAAUGGGAAUACCUUGCUCGAUGCAAUUAACAUCCGCAGUAGCAACGAAUUGGACGACAUGGAAGAUAUUAACCAAUUAAUUAAAAAGACCAUGAAGAAGAAGAACCCAAACAGCAGCAUAAUAAAUAAUUUGUAUGAUAAAAAAUGGGAUGUGUCGAAAAAAGUGGUCUUAGAUUUGCUGUACUAUGUAGAACCCAACUUAAACUUGGUUUCCUUCUUUUACCUUUUUCUGAGUAACUACUUUUCAGCGUAUAUGAAGGAUCCCUGUAUAAAUAAAUUUAUUAACAUCUCUAGUGAAAACAAGAAGAAAAUUGUUAAGAGGAUCUCCAACGAGGUCGACUUGGCUUCUCUCACAAAUAUCUCCAAAAAUCUCAGUUCCUUUGUCAACGCCAAGGCUCUGGAGGAGUGCUUGUCUACAGGCCCGGAAUACUAUCGAAUUAGGAAAGACAUAGAGGUGAUUCUACGCAAAAUACGCAGUGAGCACGCUGACAAGGGGGAUCAUCAGUACCAUCGCGACCAGCGUGGUGAUGGUCACUCGAAACGCGACAAGCUAUUGCAGGACGGAAUAAAACACCACGUGGAAACCAUCAAGGAUACUAGAAUGAAUGCAAACCUGUACGAUGUCUCCCUUUCGCUUAGAAACCGAUUCCUAAAUAUAAUAAAAAGUACCAAGGUCAAUGAACUGUACUUUAUUUAUUUCUACGUGAGCAGCAUAAUCUCUUCCACCACCCCAUGUAGCUUACCCAAAGCGGUGGAGGAGUUCCCCACGCUAAAGGACAGAUCCGAAUGGGUGAUGGAACGAAGUGAGGGUGGCGGUAUAGGCAAAACUUCCAGCAAUAGCAGCCUAACCAGGGCAAGUAACAUGGCGAGGAAUGGUACAGUUAACACUGCAAGUAGCAUCGGGAAAAGCACAAUAGCUGCAGGAAAUAAGACUUCUCUACCGUCCACGUCGUACAAAAAUAAGGUUGAUAAAAACAGAGAGCUAUUUUCAAACUCGACCAGAAUGAACAUCGACUUGGAGUUCCCUCCGCUUCCAGAGCAGAAGGAGGAAGAGAUUAUUCAGGCACCACCAAAGAGUAGUACUUCUAAGAAGAAGAAGACAACAAAGGAAAAUGCCCCUAGCAUGAACAACGCCACAACGACGAACCGUAGCACAACCUCAAACCGUGCCGUGGAGACAGGGAAAGCUGCAAACAGUCAGGUGCUAACCAACAGUUUGAAAAAAAAAAAAGAAUUUGAACAGAACUCCACGGUUGAAAAUAAAAUCAACAAUAGUGGCAGCACUCCAGAUUUUAAUUUUGCGAAUUAUCCGCUACUAGCCGGAAUCAAUGUAGACCAUAAUUCAUCCAAGAACAGGAAAAGCAAAAGCAGGGACAGUGGGGAAGGGGCGGAGAAGGACAAGAAGUCUAAGUCAACGUCGAAGGAGAAGACAAGUGCAGCUAAAAGUAAAAAGAGUCGUGAUAUUCUAAAAACGUUUAGUCCUCAUGAAUUUCCGUCCCUACUUCCAUUAUCCCCCGUGGAUAACAAAAAUGAAAAAAGCAACCAAAGCAGUAGUAAUAUUUCCAAUGUCAAUAAUAUGAGUAGUAAAACAAAGUCGGAGAAAGAGAAGAAAAAAAACCCAAACAAGAACAUCGACAAUCAGUUCUACCACCCAACGCACUCUCUAAACAACAUGUCGUACUUAAACGUCCCUGAAAGUAACGUCACCUACACCAUUAAGAAGAAAAAUAAGUUCAAGAGGUGCAACAUGUGUACGUAUGAAAAUACGUCCGAACGGACGAGGUGCGAACUGUGCGAAAGUCCCUUGUGA